AAACUACAUUACCCAUGGGGCUCAGAGCCUAACUGCCAUGGAGAAGCGUGUGGCGCAUCUGGAGAAGAGGAUUCGUGGCAACUUGGAGCAUUUGGGAUUUGAGGUUCAUCCUUUCAAGGUAGGAUGGUACAAUGCAGUCCUUCCUUCAGCUUUUCAUUUGCCAUACUCUGAUAACACACUGGCAUUUGUGGUACUCAGCAUCCCCGCCAUGUUUGACAAAGCCUUCAAACCUUUCCUGAAGAAUCAGCUGCUGGAAAAGAUUCAUGAUCCCGUGGAUCAGUGCAUUUUCCAUCACCUUUCGUUGGUGAGGGAGAGCCUUGCUGACCAGCAGUUGGAUAUCAUGUAUGAUUAUGAGAUGCUGCCCAAUCGGAAGCCCAGGUUCCUGGCCCAGACAGCAGCUCAUGUAGCUGGUGCUGCAUACUACUACCAGAGGAAAGAUGUGCAGCAGGAUCCUUGGGGAGAGAAGAAGAUCUACGGUGUCUGCAUUCAUCCCUGUUACGGAGGCUGGUUUGCCAUCCGGGCUCUCCUGCUUUUCCCAGAUGUUGAGGUGUCCUCCUUGCAGGAGAAUUCCCCUAUCGAUUGCGUGAGAACAGAAGAAAAGAAAAUAGAACUGCUGGAUAAGUUCAAUUUCCACUGGUGGGACUGGAGCUACCGGGACAUUAUUGAAGUGACGGAGAAGUACUCGGAGGAGCAGAAAAUGUACUUUGCAACUCCUCCGGCUGAACGAUUAAAACUGCUGGGGCUUAACGGAGGAUUGCAGAGGAAUGCAAUGCACUGAGUAGCGUUUUUCAUUGUGCAAAAGAGACAUGUGGCCUGCAUCACUGUGCCCACUGUUAAAAAGAUGGACCAUGCCAGCAUCUUGAUGAUUCAGUCUGGCAACCUGGCUCUCAGUUGUAGCCGUAUUGCAUUCUAGAAUUGGG